AUGUCCGACAUUUCCGAUGACUAUGUCAAUAUCUCUCCGACCACCGACCUCCAUUUGAGCGUCUAUAUGGAAAAGUUGGCUCGUCAGCGCCGCCUCGGAAGCUUCUCAAGUGAGGGCUCAUCCAGCGGUACCUCUACUGAGCACGAGGACGGCAACGCCACCACCACCGUUGUCGUAGGAGGAGGACCUCCAACCCACGUUCACCCAAAGCACACUCCGGACUGGAGCAACUUGAAGGUCCUCCAUCGCAACACUCUCCCUCCUAGGAGCUAUUUCUUCCUGUACAACAACGAAGAGGAUGCCCUGACCAGGGACACCACCAAAUCCAAGUCCCUCCUCCUGUCUGGAAAGUGGAAAUUUCAUCUGACAUCCUCACCCUUCGCUGGCCCCCGAGACUUCUACAAACGCGACUUUGAUGUGACCGAAUGGGAUGACAUUGUCGUCCCCGGCAUGUGGCAAUGCCAGGGCUACGGACGUGGACCCCAGUAUACCAAUCUCAACUUCCCUUGGCCAGUCGACGCGCCCAACAUCCCCUACGAUGACAAUGAGUGCGGUCGACACGUGACUACUUUCCACGUCAGCAAGGACUUCGAAGAGCACCAGCUCCGGCUCCGCUUCGAGGGCGUCGACUCCGCCUUCACCGUCUGGGUGAACGGAAAAGAGGUCGGCUACUCCCAGGGAGCUCGAAACCCCAGCGAGUUCGAUGUGACGGACUUCAUCGAGGUCGACGGCGAGAACACUCUUGCGGUUGAAGUCUACCAGAGAUGCGACGGCACCUACCUUGAAGACCAGGACCAGUGGUGGUUGAGUGGCAUCUUCCGCGAUGUCUACCUCCACGCCUUCCCUAAGUUCCACCCGGAGGACUACCACGUCCACACCAUCCUUGAUGACGACUACAAGGACGCCACGCUCCGCGUCGACAUCACCAUGAACCGCGGUGCCUACGUUGACAUGAAACUCCUCGAUGCUGAGGGUGAGCUCAUCGCCAAAGGCAUGGAGAUCUUCGACCGGACCAAUCGCUUCGAGGUCCGCGUCAAGAACCCGCACAAGUGGACAGCUGAGACCCCCUACCUAUACACGCUGGUUCUCAACUUCCAAAAGUGCAGCCUUGUUCAGCGGAUCGGGUUCCGGCGGACGGAGCUCAUCAAGGGUAUCUUCUGCGUCAACGGCAAGCCCGUCAAGUUGCGCGGCGUCAACCGCCACGAACACAAUCCGGACUCCGGACGCGCGGUGCCGUACGAGUUCCUCAAACACGACCUGCUUCUCAUGAAGCACUUCAACGUGAACGGCAUCCGCACCUCGCACUACAUUAAUGAUCCGCGGCUGUACGACCUCGCUGAUGAGCUCGGCAUCUGGAUUCUCGAUGAGGCAGACCUCGAAUGCCACGGCUUCGGUGUCAUCGGUGUUAACGGUCAGGGCAUUCCCUCCGAAAACCCUGAUUGGAAGGAGGCCUACGAGGACAGGGCGAGGCAGAUGGUCCAGCGUGACAAGAACCACGCUUCUGUCGUCUUGUGGUCUCUGGGCAACGAGUCUUUCUACGGACCAAACCAUCAGGCCAUGUACGACGUGAUCAAGAGCAUCGACAAGUCGAGACUCGUUCACUACGAAGGUGACGGCGGAGCCCAGACUGCGGACAUUUACAGCCGCAUGUACGCGUCCGUAGACGAUAUCGUCAACCAGGCCCGGGAGAGUAACUGGAGUAAGCCGCUGGUUCUGUGCGAGUACAUUCACGCCAUGGGCAAUGGACCUGGUGGCAUUAAGGAGUACAUCGAUGCCUUUUAUGAAUAUCCUCGCCUGAUGGGAGGGUUUGUCUGGGAAUGGGCAAACCACGGUCUGCGUACCAAGAACGCCGAAGGUGAAGAGUACAUGGCCUACGGAGGUGACUUUGGCGAUGUGCCCAACGACUACAACUUCGUCUUUGACGGCCUCUGCUUCGCUGAGCACACUCCCACCCCCGGCUUGCGGGAGUACGGCAAGGCCAUCGAGCCAGUUCAGACCCUCGACAUCAAGGGCAACGAGGUGACCAUCAUCAACCGCUACGACUUCAUCGACCUGGACCAUCUCACCGCCACCUGGCACGUGGUCUGCGACGGCGUCGUCAUCGGCAGCGACCAGGAGGUCGAGAUCCCCAAGGGCGUCAAGCCUCACACCAAAGCCCACCUCAAGAUCAAGGGUCUCCCGAAGGACCUCACCGCUGAGUCGUACCUCCACGUCGACUUCUUCCUCACGAAGGACACCAACUGGGCCAAGGCAGGCCACCGCGUCGCCUUCGGCCAGCUCCCCCUCUCCAAGCCCCCUUCCAUGGCCCGAAUCCUCGCCACCCUCUUCCACCCCUUCGUGGACCCCGUCCCGACAAUCCAGCAAACCGACGCAUCGACCCUCACCAUCACCUCCUCGACCGGCCAGUCCACCUGGGGCCUCGACACGACCCUCGGCACCCUGACGAGCUGGAAGAAGGCCUCCCGCCCGCACCUCGAGCUCCUCACCGAGCCCUUCGUCAUGGACUUCUACCGCGCCCUCACCGACAACGACCGCGGCGGCCGCUUCGGCCAGAACUGGGAGGACCGCCGCGUCCACCAGACCCGCCACCACGUCAAGCGCGUCGAGUGGCGCAAGGAGAAGCACGGCCUCGUCGUCAACGUCCACUCCCGCAUCGCGCCCCCCGUCCUCGCCUGGGCCGUCGACACCUGGACCACCUUCACCUUCCACGGCGAGGCCGUCUACAUCAAGAUCAAGGGCAAGCCCAACGGUCCCCUCCUCCCCGACACCUUCGCCCGCGUCGGCCUCACCGGCGGCAUCAGGGGCGUCGAGAAGGUCGCCUGGUGGGGCCGCGGCCCGGGCGAGAGCUACUCGGACAAGAAGCGCGCCCAGGCCUUCGGCAACUGGGAGGAGACGGUCGACGACCUCUUCGUUGACUACGAGUUCCCCCAGGACGGCGGUAACAGGACCGACGUGCGCUGGGUCGAGUUCCGCGGGCGCCUGCCGGACGAGAACGGCCAGGUGGACGAGGACAAGCCGCUCGAGAGGCUCGUCCGCGCGCGCUUCGGCGACCUGGACGGCGCGUCCUUCUCCGCCAUGCACUACACCACCAAGGACCUGGACGAGUGCAAGCACCCGUACGAGCUGCACAAGCGCAAGCGGGAGGACACGGUCGUGAGGCUGGACUGGAUGCACCACGGCCUCGGCACGGGGUCGUGCGGGCCGGCCACGCUGCCGGCGUAUGAGCUCAAGGCCAAGGAUUUCGACGUCGAGCUCGUGCUCGACUGA